AACAUUCUUUAUUAGUAAUUUGCAACAAGAAAGAUUAGAUGCCAUUAGCAGAGCAGCUGAAUGCAGUCGGCCGCAAUUCUUUUAUCAAGACAAUGUCAAGUGGGACCCAAAUUUUUCUUACUUUCCCACCAGCUUCCACAUAUAAAAACGUCUCCUUUUUUUAUAUUUGUUCGGUUAUGCAUUUUACUUCACUGUUUUUACUUCAGUGUGUGAGUUGGAGGAAUGGGGACUUUGGAGUGAGGAAAUAAAGUGAGAGAAGGGGAAAAUCAAGAACCCAUUUUUGGUCAGUUACAGUCAAUCCUGAGAGCAGAAGAUAUUGUUACCUAAUGGCCCCUGGCUGGCUAUGAUUAAUCACUGAGAUAUUGUGCUUGAGAAAUGCCAUAUUGUUUAUCUGAACUAAUUCUUGAAGAGAGAAUAAAUUUAGGGGACCUAAAAAAUCGAUUUCGAAAGACAUCAUUCCAUGAUGGCUGAAGCACCGGUAAUGGACAAUGAGGUCUUUAAUCAUUAUUUGACUAGUAUGACGCCAGCUGAAAUUGCUGAACAUCUCAAGGACAGUUGCCCAGAAUUUGGUGAUCUAAAUGUUGAAGAACUUCUCUUAGUGCAGGAAAGUGCCUUUCAAUUCAUUCAGAACAAAAAUCAGAACAAGGAUACAGCCUCCAGCUAUGGUGAAACUACUGACGACAGUUUGGUUCUGGAGCAUGAGAAUGAACUAUCGCAUGGAGGAAGUAUCGAGCACCAAUUAGCUCUAGAUGAAGCCUUAGCAAGAGCCCUAGAACUGGGGGACGACUUCAACUGUCUAUCUGUUAAUGAGGAUGCUGUUAGUGCAGUUGAUAACACAAGAUCAACUGUGAGGGCCACGCCUAGCAGGGUCGGAAGUCAAAACACGAGGCAAGAUGACAUUGAUCCUGAUACGAUGACUUACGAGGAGUUGCAAUCACUGGGAGAAUCUGUUGGAAGUGAGAGCAGAGGACUUACAGAGGAUUUCAUCUCACGGUUACCAACAUUCAGAUACAAAUCUAACAAAUCUGGCUUGUUCUCAAAGAAAAAGAAGGAAACAGAAGAGUGUGUGAUAUGCUGUGACGGAUACAAGCAUGGAGCUAAAGUCAUCACCUUGCCUUGUGCACACCAUUAUCAUUCAAACUGUAUCACCACUUGGUUGCAGCAAAAUAAGCAAUGCCCCAUUUGCCAAAAGGAGGUGCAAGACAACUAGUUCGCGUUGCUGCACAGAAAGACGCGGAAUAUAUCAACGUCACUUCAAGCUUGCAACUUGUAUUUCGACUUUCAUUAUAUCAUCAUCUAUGUUUAUAAACACCUUCUCCAGUUUCUGCAAUGUCAGAUGCAGAUGCUGAUGAUACGCUGCCUAAGCCUUAUAUAAAUAUAUAAAUAUAAUUGCUGUCACAA